UCAAAAACAAAAUGACCACCUCUCAUUAUAUCUCACUUUCCCACACUUUCCAUCCCAAAUCCUUCUCUGGUGUUUCUGGUGGCAAUACCAGAGGAGGAGGAGGAAAGUGGCGGUGGUGGUCGAUAUCAUCAUCACCAUCAUCAUCAUCAUCAAUCGCCAUUAUAUCGGACCCAUGGAAGGCAGGAACAUAACUUCAGGCUCACGCAAAGUCAUGGUGGUAGCCGAACCAAACAGGGAAUCAGCAGGGGCACUACAAUAUGCACUUUCCCAUGCAGUUGUUCAACAUGAUGAAUUGAUUCUUCUUCAUAUUGAGAAUCCAAAUUCAUGGAUCAGCACGUUUUCGACGUUUCUUCGAAGACCAAGCAUGUCUAGCACAUCUUCCAUUAAUAACAAUAAUAAUGCAUCACCAUUGGAAAGAAGCAUGGAGGAUGUGGAUUUUCUUGAAGAAAUGAAAAUUGCAUGCAAAGCUGCUCAGCCUAACAUUCGUGUUCGUGUCGAGAAGGUUAUCAUGGAAGGGAAAGACAAAGCAGCUGCCAUUCUUGCACUCACCAAGGUCCAUGCGGUUGAUGUUUUGGUCAUUGGACAGCGGCGGAGUUUUUCGACUGCAAUAUUAGGACAUAGGCGUUCUGGAGGAUCAAUGAGAGGGAGAAUAACAACAGACACAGCAGAAUUCUUGAUCGAGCACAGCCAGUGCACUUGUGUUGGUGUUCAGAAAAAGGGACAAAAUGCUGGUUAUUUUCUCAAUACCAAAACUCACAGAAACUUCUGGCUUCUGGCAUAACAAACAGAAAAAAAGAAAAAAAAAAAUUACUAAUUAAAGUCUGCAUGGAUUUGAUUUCAACUUUUAGAUAGUAACUUUUGUAGUCACCCUGCUCUCUGGUUCAUGACUUGUGGACUUGAUACAAAUAUUACAAAUUUGAUUAGAGUUUGCUAAUUGGGAUGGUUAAUUAACUUUGCUAAUUGGGAUGGUUAAUUUACUGAUGUUUCAAUUAAAGUCUAGUUCAUUUUCUCUUGUUUAUGGAGCAAGUUCCUAUGUAUGAUAUUCUCCAAUUACAAACACAGA